AUGGAGCUGGAAAACAUCGUUGCCAACACCGUUUUGCUGAAAGCCAGGGAAGGGAAACGCAAAGGCAAAAGCAAAAAGUGGAAGGAAAUCCUGAAAUUCCCUCACAUUAGCCAGUGUGAAGAUCUCCGAAGAACAAUAGAGAGAGAUUACUGCAGCAUAUGUGAAAAGCAGCCUAUUGGAAGGCUUCUCUUUCGGCAGUUCUGUGAAACUCGGCCCGAGCUCGAGUGCUGCAUUAGGUUCCUUGACUCGGUGGCAGAAUAUGAAAUUGCUCCAGAUGAAAAGCUGGGAGAGAAAGGAAAGGAAAUCAUGAUGAAAUACCUCACCCCAGAGUCUCCAGCCUGUGUUCCCGAAGUCAGUCAAGAACUUAUCCAGCAGACAGAGGAGAAACUCAAAAACAGCCCCUGCAAAGAGCUGUUCUCUCCCUGUACAAAAUCUGUCCUUGACCACCUCAGUGGGGAACCAUUCCAAGAGUACCUAAACAGCAUGUACUUCGACAGGUUUCUCCAGUGGAAGUGGUUGGAAAGGCAACCAGUAACAAAAAACACGUUCCGGCAGUACAGGGUACUGGGGAAAGGCGGCUUUGGGGAGGUCUGCGCCUGCCAAGUGCGAGCCACGGGGAAGAUGUACGCCUGCAAGAGAUUAGAGAAGAAGAGGAUAAAGAAGAGGAAAGGCGAAUCCAUGGCGCUCAAUGAGAAGCAGAUUUUAGAAAAAGUCAAUAGUCAGUUUGUAGUCAAUUUAGCCUAUGCCUAUGAAACAAAGGAUGCACUGUGUUUAGUUCUGACCAUAAUGAACGGAGGUGACCUGAAGUUUCAUAUCUACAACAUGGGAAACCCAGGCUUCGAGGAGGAAAGAGCUUUGUUUUAUGCAGCAGAGAUUCUUUGUGGUUUGGAAGACCUACACAGAGAAAAUACUGUGUACAGAGAUCUGAAGCCAGAAAAUAUCCUGCUGGAUGAUUAUGGACAUAUUAGAAUAUCUGAUUUGGGUCUAGCUGUUAAAAUCCCCGAAGGUGAAUCAAUCCGUGGAAGAGUAGGAACAGUAGGGUAUAUGGCUCCAGAGGUGUUGAACAACCAGAGAUACACACUCAGCCCUGACUACUGGGGGUUAGGCUGUCUCAUUUAUGAAAUGAUUGCUGGGCAAUCGCCGUUCCGUGGAAGGAAAGAAAAGGUGAAGAGGGAAGAAGUGGACAGAAGAGUGCUGGAGACAGAGGAGGUGUACUCCCAUAAGUUCUCUGAGGAGGCCAAGUCCAUCUGUAAAAUGCUCCUCACCAAAGACGUGAAGCAGCGGCUGGGAUGUCAAGGGGAGGGUGCAGCAGAAGUGAAGAGACACCCCUUUUUCAAGAGCAUGAACUUCAAGCGGUUAGAAGCAGGAAUGCUGGAUCCUCCCUUUGUGCCUGAUCCCAGAGCAGUGUACUGCAAGGAUGUGUUAGAUAUUGAGCAAUUCUCCACAGUGAAAGGAGUUAACCUGGACCAAACAGAUGACGAUUUCUAUUCCAAGUUUUCCACAGGAUCGGUGUCUAUUCCAUGGCAAAAUGAGAUGAUAGAAACAGAGUGCUUUAAGGAGCUGAAUGUAUUUGGACCAAAUGGUACUAUUUCACCAGACCUAAACAAAAGCUACCCCCCAGAGCCACCCAAGAAAGGAUUGCUACAGAGAAUAUUUAAGCGACAGGUGAGAUCUUUUAUGACUUAACACCAGGAAACUCCUGUAGAUGCCUGGUUUCACAGCCCUGUUCUGGUGAUAUUUCUGCUAGGAGAAAGGCAGUGCAUCUUGGACAGGGCUGGCUCUCACAUUUAACUCCAUGUCCCAAGUUUUUCAUCUACCUUGUGUGAUUUUUUCUUGCCACCAGCAGUUCCAGUUAAAAACUUCUUGCCCAACCUAUUUUUGAUGUGGUGUGCUGAAAUGCCUUUUGAAACUGUUCCGUGGUUUUGAGAAGUUUCUUGUAAAAAUCCUUGAUUUAUGUGGUUAAAAAAAUAAAAUAAAAAAAUAAAUUUUAAAAAAUUAAAUUAAAAAAAGGAAAAUGUGCAUUUUUGAGGGAGGUAGUUGUGGCAGGAAACCAAGACAAUAAAGAAGAGAGCAACCCAGAUAAAACAUUAUGUGUAGCUUUUGUGAGGCACCAUGGAACCCCUUGCAAA